GUUAAGGUAUUUUCUAAGUCAGGUGCGUUAUUGGUAGUAUUUUCUUCCUUCAGCAUUAACGUUGCUGGUAUAGUCAGAUCGUGAAGAUCUUCUUCUUUAAUGUCUUUCCCGACUACAGUCGGAUAUUCUUCGUCUGUGUCAGCGUUUUCUUCAUUAACAUCUAUUGCUAAUGGAGUGUUUAGUAUAGAUGGAAUUUCUAUCUGGAGGCUGAAUUUAUUUUUUAUUAGUAUUAAUUUUUCCCUUAAUGCCACCAGUAGUUCCGAAACUCUAGUACACUGUUUAUUGUCUAAAUUCUUCCUAUACUGUUGUAUAAGUUCUCUUACCUCAUUAUAACUGUUUACUAAUGUCUGAGCAUUCUUAUUUAUUGUUGCAGCUUGUAUUGAUCUGUUUUGCGUUAAGCAUUUAUAAGAUUUUCUGAAAUUUGAUUUUGAUUCCUCUAUUUGAUCAACAAGCUGCUUCCAGUCCAUGCUGUGGUACUGGCCAAUUUGAUAUAAACUUUACCUUUAGUGUGUCGUAUUUGAACUACACUCAUGGUCUGCUAUUGAUAUAUAUUUCUCUUUUUGUAAUCAGACAACAAUAGUAUUACGUUUUAUAUUUUUUUUUUUUACUUUUAUAUCUCAUUCAUAACUGAGUUCCACGCAUUAGUGAAUCUUUCUUAAAUAUUAUCUAAACCGUUAGCAGUGCUACGGUAUUGUUUUUUGAGACACUUAUUAUGCAGCUUGUAUAUUUUUAUUAAUGCAUGGGUAACCAUAAUCAUAGCAAUUACAAUUAGCAAUAUGGUUAUCCAGAACAAGUCUGCAUUUUGGACUUCCACUUUAUUUAUUACAUUUGCUGUGGAGUCAACAGUUUUCGAGUCUAUUAAACCCAUUUUGGGUAUACUAAUUUCCAAAUUUUCUAAAAACUGUUCUGUAUUUUGGUAUAUUUCUGUUUUACUUAUUGUAUUUGUCUCUAUGGACAUUUUAUGUUUACAAUUUUACCUGCCUGUUUCUAGCUAUGGCUUCACGGGCCAUAUUGGGUUAAUGGGGCACAAUAGUACGAGUAUAUGCUCCAUUUUACAAUUUGUUUUACAAAAUGUUUUUUUUUUUUGUAUUUAUAUAUAUAUGUAUAUAACUAAAAUAUUAAAAAAAAAUUUUUAACGUUAUUGAUUUUCCUGUGUCAGCUGGUCGUCGCCGGGGGUGGCACGCUGACACUCCCUCGCUGCUGUCUAUAUAUGUGUCGAUGAUGACGUUGAUCCUCCGGUGUCAGCUGGGCGUCGCCGGUGGUGGCACGCUGACACUCCCUCGCUGCUGUCUAUAUAUGUGUCGAUGAUGACGAGGGCUGCAUACACGUCCCCAGGCAGUGAGGACUCCAGACUCCUGUACAGUUCCGUGGGCAGGUCUUCUUAGGCUUCGUUAGAGCCGGUGCUGGUGCUGGACAUGCUGUUGGUUUGGGAGCUUCAUUAACGAUUUUUAUAUUUUUUAUGUUAUCUGAGUGAGUUUUCUCGAGUUGUGUUUUCUUUAAUUCUUGCUGGUAGUUUAGCAAGUGGUCUAGCUCUGCAUGUAGCUUUAGAGCUUUCGGCCAAGGCGGUGGGGUUUGUUGACCGUAUAUGAGCCACCUUACGUGGGCUAUACGUUUAUUCAACUUUGUCUUCAACCCGCCGCGGUGCUUUCCCAUAUCUCGAUUUAACUCUACUCACUCAGAUUUUUUUUUUGUUGUUGCGGUUCCAUCCGUUUUUGUCCAAUUUGUCCUUCACCAGCUAGUCCAACGUGUGCUUCACUAAUUAGUCCAACGUUGGACGACUGUCACGGUCGCCAUGUAGUAUUCCAAACGUGGUGAAUUGAUAGGGCAGACAUUUAAGUUUAUAACUCUUUAUUUAUUCUGAGAGUUUUAGUUGGGCAGAAAAAGGUUCUGCCCGUUCGGUGGUUUACAAGGCUCUCAAUAUUCGAUCUUAAGUAUAUUUCGGCUAAGCUUAAGCAGCGUGGCUGCGCUGCCGGAUACGCCAGCAGCGGAGCGGCUCUCUCUUAUGUAUAUCUUAUAUAUCUAUGCUUAUCGCGAGAGUGAGUUAUGCACAUAUGUAUUGUGCAUUUGGUCAGCGUGAGAAUGCUGACCAUGCACUUAUACUUUGUAGCCUUCCAGUGGACGAUCAUGUUACAUCCGUCUUGAGGCUUAUUGACAUAAACAUAGCAACAAAGUGUUGCCAUGUGUUUGUAUACUUAUUGUUCUUAAUAUUACGUAUGCGCACACUACACGACCCUGCAGGCUGGUUAGCGCCAUUUAUCGUUCGAGCUAAAAUUUUCAUGCAGGAGAUUUGGCUACAGGAGCUUGGGUGGGACGAAAACAUUCCAAAUAAGCUUUUUCAGCGAUGGCUUAAUUUUCUCCGAAGUUAUUCGGUUUUAGAGCAGAUACGCAUUCCACGCUGGCUAUCGUUUCAUCCAGAUUUCAAGGUCGAGCAUCAUGGCUUUUGCGAUGCAUCGUAAAAGGCUUAUGGGGCGGCAAUAUAUGUCCGCGUAGAAGUGGGCAGCUCCAUUAUGGUGCAACUCCUAACCGCGAAAACCCGGGUAGCACCAGUCAAAACGGUUUUGCUCCCAAGACUGGAGCUGAGCGGAGCGUUAUUGCUUUUCGAAAUGGCUGCAGCAAUCAUUCCACAGAUGCCUACGAUCAACUCCGAACUUUACUGCUGGACGGACUCCACGAUAGUGCUUGCAUGGUUAAGCAAGACAGCGUGCCAGUGGACCACAUCUGUAGCCAAUAGGGUGACGAAGAUCGCCCAGGCCACAAAAACAGAGAAUUGGUCUCAUGUUCAAUCUGAGCAUAAUCCAGCAGACCUGGCAAGUAGAGGAGUUUCCCUCCAAGAUCUAGCCGAUAGCCUGUUAUGGUGGCAUGGACCGACUUGGUUGCAAAAUCCACGCAACCAAUGGCCAACUCAGGUCGACAACGCUCCGGUGACCGACCUGGAGAAGCGUGCUCUAGAAGUCCAUUUCGCAAAAGCUCCUUCUGAAGAGUAGUUGGCACGUUUCUCCAAGCUUGAGAAAGCUCUACGGGUCCUUGCUUAUGUUCAUCGCUUCAUUCAGCAGUGCAGCAAGCACUGGCCACUGAAAUCGCCGCCGCCGAGCGGUUCCUAAUUUCGAACACUCAGCGCAGAGAAUUCCCUGUGGAAUAUCACUGCCUAAGUGAAAAGCGUUCAGUGCCAAGUUCAAGUGCCAUCCUAAGCAUGAACCCGUUUCCAGAUCCGCAAGGACUGAUCAGGGCGUGCGGCCGUGUGGCGGCUUCCGAAAGCCUUCAAUACAAUGAACGGCAUCCAGUGAUU